UCGGCGCAUCGUGUCUGUGCUCUAGUCGUGUUUCGUCCGAAUAAUCGAGAUAUAUCGGGAUAAUAAUUUUUUCAACACAAAAACAACAAGAGUUCCUUUACCGUCACGACAUCUCCCACGCACGUGAACCCUUGAAGCCAUUCAGCGCACUCUAAAGGAUAUGAAAUGUACUUACGCGUUCCUUGAAUUCACGACACAGAUAGCAACGGAAGGAAAAUAGUGAAUAAAGACACGGUGCGAGCCGGUUAUUCGAAGUAUUGUACUAUGAUCUCGUGAUCGAUUGAUUUUGAAAACGAAAGAAAAAAAAAGAAAUCGAUAAGAUUGGCAUUUUCGUUUACUCAUAGAUAACAUGAUAUCUCAAACGAUCAUUGCCGAAUUUGAUGCGCCAUAACCACGUUUGUUCAUUUCACGCAAAUUGAUAUUAUUUAUUAAAUCUUUUAUCAAAUUUUGACAUUUACCGGAUGAUUACGAUAUACAGCACGUGGUUAAAAACUAUUAUAAGAGAAGAAAAGAUAAACUAGUAAUACUGAGUGCAAGCGCCAGACAGAGCGACGCUUCCGCGGGCAAAGCCGUGUCCUGUCUCGUCUUUCGUAUGUAUUGAGUAACUUACACACGGAGUGUGCGCACGUAACUGAACACGUAUAUAAAUACGUGAAGUUGUCACGUACUGACCAACGACGCUCUUGCACACGCGUAUACGAAAACGAAAAAGCAAUUCGUCGUGGCGCAAGCGCGAAAGCAAAAGCUUUUUCGAGCGAGGUAGCCGAAGGAGAGAGACGGUGGUGCCGAUGAUCAGAUACAUCGGAUUCAGUGGCGGCACGGACGUAGAGAGCAAGUCAAGUAACAGCUUCCCACCAGUCAGUCACUCACGAUCGGUUAGUCAGUCACGGCAGUCACGCGCCGACCGUGUCAGACGCACGCUGGUCUGUUGGUUCGCGUGUAAAGAGGCCGGUGAACAGCGAAAUAUAAAUGGGUGAAAAAAAGAUUUAGUGUCAACGUCACUAAUUGAAAAUCGUGCAAUUAUAAUCGUAUUUUUUGUAAUCGAUAUAUACGGACAAAAAAUAUCGCUAUACUGCGCAAGCGCAAUGCAAUACUUCGCAAACUUGGUCAAGAUUUGGCGUUGACGAUCACAUUCAAUUGUAACGAACCGGCGAGUCAAACGCGAAAAGCGCAAGCGUGUGUUUUCAAAGUGAGUCUCAUCCGUGUCAGAGACGAUCGAAAAUGGUCGCCACUCGUUAAUUUUUAUCGAUAAAUUACGUUUAUUCAUUUCUAAAUCGUUUUUGUUAUCAUAAAGUCUCGGAAUAAUCAUAGCCAUAUCAGAUGCGCAUACCGGCGUUGUUGCAUCGUGAGGAACACGACAACGUAUACAGGGCUCGUAGGUUAAGAGAGUUAGUGAGGUGCGGAGGUGCGUGGAAUUGUGCGCCGGUUAAAACCGUGACAGAGAAAAGAAGAGAGAGAGAAGUGCCAAGCACUAUACGGCUUGCUUACCUCCCUGUUUCGUGUCCCUCUCGUCUUGAAACUCGUCGCUCGUUGUGUACCGCCUUAUAAAACGCGCGCGCAGUAACACGGAACGCGCGACGACGACGAGAACGAGAAAGAAGAGCGGCGGGGAACAGGCAGAGAGUUAAAGUCGUACAAACUCUCUGUGCUCUCUCGGUAAAAAAGAGAAAUAAAUAACGAUAGUGCAAAAAGACGAGCAAACAAAGAAAGAAAGAGUGAAAGAGAGACACCAUAUAUAUAUAUAGAAAGAAAGAAAAAAGAGGAUAAAUAGAUAGAUCUCUCCGCAUGUGUGGAACUGGUUAAAAGAAAGAAAGAGAAAAAAGAAGAAUAACGAACCUGCGUGUAUACCUUAGCCUAUUAAGCCGUCGGAUGCGCUCGUUCAACGUGUCUCGAACGGUGCACGAUACCUCGUCGCGUUAUCUGCAGUAAAUAUUGCGGCUAACACACGGUCUCUCUGGGUCCGCUGCUGAUUGUUUCUAAUCAUUAUCGCACACGUUCGCGACCUGUGUACGCAUACUAUCGUCAUACUCGCGUUGUCACCGACUUUUUCGUGAUCAUAAACGUUGCCGCGAUAUCCGUCAUUGUGUCGUUACAUAUAUAUUAUUGUUAUUAUUCGCGAACGAUUCUUUAUAUCAUCGGUGUAUCGUCGCGCGAUACAGGAUCGGAAAAAGAAUCAGAGAUGGUGUGAGACAACAGGCAGUGUCGUAAAGAGUGCAGAAAGUUUUGUGCAGUGAAUGUUCGUUAAUAGAUCAGUGUUGCGGCUCUAAAGACUAGACAGAAAAAGGGCAUACGUGUUUAGAGGUGUAUAGAAUGAGACAGAUAAUGUAAGGAAUAGACAGAGUGAAAAAGAGGUAGAAAUAGAAAAUACGAGAGAGAAAAACGUAUAAGUGAAAGAGAGACAACGCAUAGAAAAAACGCGCUAUAUGCGUUGAAGCACUCGUGUACGAGUGCCAGCGACGAGACAACGAAUUGGACGUACGCGAACGCGAGUGUGACAGAAAAAAUAAGAGAGAAAAAGAUAGAAAGAAAGAAAGAAAGAAAGAUAGAAAGAGAAUCAAAGAUAUCACGAAACUUUUUUAAAAGUACCGAAGAUGCAUUUCCACAGUAGUCUAUUAUCGAUUUUACUUAUCGUCAUUUCUUGUCCUCUGACUGUUCGUACACGAAGAGUUGCUCCCUUAAUCGAGGAAGACUGGGCUAGAAGGCCUCAUCGCGCCGCCGAAUGUACGUUCGGCAAGCAGAUACGGGAACUGGGCUCCACCUGGUUCGCGGAUUUGGGCCCGCCCUUUGGAGUCAUGUACUGCAUCAAAUGCGAAUGCAUUCCGAUACAAAAGAAACGACGAAUCGUAGCGAGAGUCCAUUGUCGUAACAUCAAGAACGAAUGCCCAGAACUCACGUGCAAAGAUCCAAUUCUUCUUCCAGAUCGAUGCUGUAAAUCUUGUCCGGGAAAUUCCAGUACUGAUAUAGUGCAAGAUGUGCCCGUACAAUUAACCUCCGAGGAAGAGGAACGAAGUCUAAAACAUUUUGGGACGCUUUUAACGGGUAAAACAUCUCAAGUAUUGCGUCGCGAUGAGCCCAAUCUAACAUCAAUGUACAACAGUGCUUACAACUAUCUUGCAACAGGUCGUUUUACAUUUCAUCGCAAAAAUCUCUAUUAUUCCUUCUAUUUAUCAACAUCAACCCCUCGUCCGCGAAGCAUACAAUUUAUCGAUGGAUCAGGAAGCAUUUUAGAAGAACAAACAAUCGAUCCCAUUGGUGGAGUGUAUCAAAAUGCAACAGGUAAAUUAUGUGGAGUGUGGAGAAGGGUUCCACGAGAUUAUCGGAAGUUACUUCGUGAUGAACGUUUACACGUGUCCUUUAUUUGGGAACCAUCGGCCACCUUGAUAGGACAAUUGUCUCGUUAUCGUGCCUUAUCCACGGAACAGUAUUCUUCUUUGUUGGAACCAACGAUGGGAGUGGAUCGUUCAUUGAUGUCUGGUGCAGGAGCCACCGCUAUAGUCUCAGCAUCAUCGGCAUCAGCGCCAUUUAUCCACGUAUCCUUGGUAUUUAAUGGUGUUUUUUUACCUAAUGAUGUUUCCGAAGUUCCAUUGAUAGUACAACUAGAACAUAUGGAGAAGGACUACGUGGUUCUACGCGAAGAAAUUAUAGUAAAGAAACCUUCGAACGAAUUAAACUUCGGGGAGGUUCGAAAUGCCCUAUCAGGGACGGAUCUUCGUUUACUGACUCGAGGCAAACUCUCCAUUAGCAUAAUGUCUAAAAGAGACCCUCAAGCUCUACGAUUGGCUGGCAUAGUAGGUCCACGUACCAAUUGCGAAAUGUAUCAGACUUUGCUUCUCUCAGAAACACCUUCGGCCGCUUCUGGUUUGGCAUGGGCAUUUUUGGAUCAUGCUGGUUCAUUGCGUUAUGGUGUUCAAUUAAUAGGAUUGGAAGAAGAAAGUCCUUUGGUAACUUUGGUAGAUGAAGGAGGCAAACGUCGUACCGAGUUGGAAGAUUUAACACCUUCUCUCGUCAAUGAUCUAGCUAAUGGAUCCGUGGAACGUCCAGGGCCACGAUUUCUCGAAUCUUUAUUCAACGGAGAACUCGCAGUUGUUGCUGCUUCACACAUUGGUUCCAUGUUGCGCGGCCGAUUACUACAAAGACCAGUAGCCGAUGCCAGAGAUACUGCUGCACCUUUUCUGCUUAGGAGACUGUUCCAAGAACCUGUACACCCUGGUCCAGUUGGUUUGGUGUGGACAGCAGUAGAUUUAGACUGUUCCCUUCAUUAUGAACUUGAAAUUGCUGGCUUCCCUCAAACAUCUACCAAUAAUCAUGAAUCACGUACGUUCCGACUUUAUUUAGAAACCAUGCCUUUAUUGGCUCAAGGAGCACCUGUAGCUAGAAGAUUAUUGGAAGAAUUUACUGGAUACAUCUUAGAAGGUUCUGUCACUGGUCUCUCACCAGUAGAAUUAUAUAGAAUCGAAUCUGGUAUUUGUUUCUUGGAAGUGACGGAUAAACAGGCUGAAAGGAUUCUGAAAGCUCCAUUCAAGGCUAGAGCGCCGCUCAGCUGUCUUCCUCACUAUGCAGAUAAUGAUGUCGCCUCAGUGGUCGCGUACAACCUUCAACCACCCCGAUCAGACAUCGAAACUGGCGCUUGUUUUCAUGAGACUAGAUUCUAUGAAGAAGGUACUCAAUGGACUUCCAGUACAGAUCCGUGCUCCAUGUGUCAUUGUUACCGUGGAUUAGCACAAUGCGAUCCAGUACCUUGUCCAGCCCUCACGUGUGCCCAGAGUAAGCAAUUAAAACCUGCUCCUGGUCACUGUUGUCCAAUUUGUUCAGGUCCAGGGAUUAAUAUGAAUGGGACGGGAAAAAAUGUCAGCUCCAUAAUAAGAGGUUGCACACUGGCUGGCCAAUUUCAUCUACCAGGAGCAUCAUGGCAUCCUUAUUUACCACCAGUGGGAUUUGAUACUUGUGCAGUUUGCACAUGUGACCCUAUCACGCUAGAAGUAAAAUGUCCACGAGUACAGUGUCCACCGUUGGAUUGUGAUGAGAAGAUCGCUUUUAGGCCUAGCAAGAAGGCUUGUUGCAGACAAUGUCCAAUAACAACACCUAGCUCGGCAAACAUGGGAAGUGACACAACUCGUUUGCCGCGAGAUCAGGCAGCACCAUCCACUAAGCGCACUGCGGAGGAAAUAUUGGCUUCCGGCGGCUGCAAGAAUCCCCUUGGUAAUCCCUAUGAAAAUGGAAUGGAGUGGCAUCCACGAGUUCACUCACAUGGAGAAAUGAAAUGUGUCAAAUGCAGAUGUAAGAAUGGUGAGGUCAGAUGCGACAGAAAACGAUGUCCACGAGCCCUUUGCAAUACGAUCGCACAUCAAAUGAAACGCGGCGAAUACGUAGCGGAUGGCGACGAUUGUUGCACGGUCCAGUGCCGACGAGCGAGGCGUCAUCAUCGUAACAAUCAUCAUUCAGCCCGGCAUUCCGUGACACCACGUGAACUCAGCUGAGUAGUUUCAACUGUUACGAAGCUUUCUUCGAAUAGUGAUCUGGUCUAAGGGAACGCUUCUGGACAUUGUUUCUCUUUAUAAUCAUUAAAUUCAUGGCUUAAGUUAUGCCAUUGUCAUCAUAUUUUUAAUUCCAAAACAACUUCAGAGCAAUUACCAGAAAUUACGAGAAAAUGAUGGGAGUCAAUUGGUAACGCAAAAUUCUAAAUUCAAAUAGCAAAACUUAGAGAUUGUUUUUGAUGCCUGAAGUAUCAUUAAUAAAUAAAUUCAGAAAAUAUAUAUUUAAAAAUAUUACCUUUUCUAGAAUUUUUGAUUUAAGAUGAUGUAAAAUUAUUAUUAAGUUAAAGAAUAGAAAAAUGAACUAAGAUUAAAUUUACAUAAUAAGAAAAAUGAACUAAGAUUAAAUUUACAUAAUAAGAAAAAUGAAUUAAACGAAACCAUUUAAAUGGAAUAUGAAACAUAGAGGCACUUAGAUUAGUAUAUUAAAAUUGAUCGAUUUUGAAUAAAUGGUAUACAAAUUUUAUAUUAUAGUUUAAUUAUUUGAUAAAAUUAACGUUAAAUAAUCAUGUUGAUAAAGUAUUUUGAAAGAAAAUGAAGAAUAUAAACGAUGCUGUGCAUCAUAUUUAUCUAACACUAAGUUAUCGUUAAAAGAAAGAAUCUUUGAAAAAACAUUUAAUAUUGGAAUACUUUAUUCAGGAACUAUAAAUUGCCGGAAAAUGAUAAUCAACGAAACAAAAAGAUUCAUCUUUGGAGUAAUCGGCAGUUAUCAGAGGAAGUUACAAUAAUAAUAAUAUCAAUAACAAUAUAACAGAGGAAGGAACGUGGAUCGUUCUCAUCAAGCAUUAUUCUUACUUAUAUUCCUGUCGCUUGCUCGAUUAUUUGCUACAGAGUCCCUUACAGCACCUACUACCAGACAUUUAUUAAUCAAUUGUCUCUCAUCAACGGAUAAACGGACCGGAAGUCAACUGCUCUCUAUCUUCGAGUGACCCUUUAUAUACAUACAUACAUGCAUUAUUAUUAUAUGCGUUUACUUACACAUAAAUAUAUAAACAUAUAUUGUAUGGUACGGCUAUAUUGAAAGAAAAAAGAACAAGAGAAAAAAUUAGACAAAGAAAGAGGCAAACUUGGAGAGAAUUUAAAAUCGUGACGGUAAAUGCAGAACCCUAUCGUACCCAUCAACCUCACCGAGUUACCCAGCAACCAAAGAAGACUGAAGAACCUCCAAUGGGUGGCAUCAGUUGUCAUUAAAAUGUGGAAACAUGCUAAGAUUUUUAUCAUACUUUAUUAACUCCAUACAAAUUAUUACUAUUACGAAUUACUAUUAUUACUAAUAGUAAUAUUACUAUUAUUAAAAUAUUAAUGUCGAUAUAACAUCAUUAAUGUUAUAGAUCAUUAUUCAUUUUCAUUAAUUUUAUAUCACCACUGUUCAUCAUUGUUCAUUUUCAUCGUUUAUAAUUCAUUACGUUCAUCAUCAUUAAAAAUUUGUUUUUAUUGGAAUUUUGAUUAUUAAUAUUAUUAAAAUUAUUAUUAUAAUAUUUCUAUUAUUAUUUUUAAUAAUAUAAAUAAUAUC